UUGAACAAAUGACAUAUGACAAUUUCGUGCGAAGUAGAACUUGGGCACGUUUUUUUGAUUAUUUUACCGGCUACAUUCCUUUCCAGAAAAUUUUUAAUAAAAAUGAACAACGUAUUCAAAACCGCGGUUAGAUUAAGUGGCCUCAGAUCCUUGUUAAAUCCUGCGAAAAACGUGUUGUCCAUUAAUAAUGCUACUCAACACAGGCAAUUUGCACGGAAUUUGUGGUACAUGUGCAAUUCCCAAAAUGAAGGCAAAAUUUGGGAGAUGAAGCACAAUUAUCUGUGCGGUUGCGGAUGUGGUGGAAGAGGAAUUCAUACCAAAGGUGAGAAAGAAUUGGUUGAGUUUUUAACAGAAGAAAUUUUGGCCGAAAGAAAAGCACAAAAGGUCAAAACAAUCCCAACGGAAAUAGAGGGAUUUAAAGCGAGUUUGAAUGGAGCUGAAGUAACAUUGAUUAAAAAGACUGAUAAUGAAACAAUUAAAAUAAGUUUCAAUGUAAAUCACAGUGUCGACACAGACGCCGAACCGGAAUUACAAGAGAAUUUAGAUAAACCAGAGAUCGGGGAAUUGAAAUCGAAACCAUCGUUUAGGAUUGAUCUUGUUAGGGGAAAUACAACGAUGAGUCUCUUGUGUUCGUUCAUAAAUCCAAACGAUCAGGAAGAAGGUUACAACGACGUAUUUGGCAUCGACGAACUCAGUAUUUACGAAGGUGAAUGGAACGAAAACAUUUAUUCCGUCUCGGGAGAAGUGAUAGAUUCGUACUUGUACGACCUGGUUCUUAACUAUCUGGAAGAAAAAGGAAUCUCAAAUGAAUUCGUAGAAAAAUUGUCCGAUUACAGCACAUCAUAUGAACACAGCGCUUACAUAAGUCUCUUGGAGGGACUGUCGAAAUUCGUUUCGGGCAAAUGAAGUUAGUUUUAGAAGUCUAAUGUAAGAAUAAAUGUAUCGUUUAAGAUUUGUUAUAUGUGCAACUUGAAAGUUUUGAAUAAAUAGGCCAGUUAAAGAGAUA